CAGAGACAGAUCGAAAUGGGGAGGAGUCUGACACACUGAGUUCAGCUUAGGACAGACUGAAGGACAAACAAGCAGGAAGGAGGAGAAAAUUCAAAGAUAAACGGGUCCGAAGAAAUAUUUAAGAAUAUUAGAGCAUACUGGUUGUUGCCUGCCUGAACAACAAUGUCUCUGCCUACAGCAGCUCGUCGAGUGCUGGCUGCUGCGUCACAUUCGAGCCAUAAGGGAGGAGCGAGGACCUGGAAGAUUCUGACCUUUGUGUUGGCCAUCCCUGGUGUUGCUGUGUGCAUGGUUAAUGCCUACAUGAAGAUGCAGGCAGCCUCACAUGAGCGCCCAGAGUUUGUGCCAUAUUCUCACCUCCGUAUCCGCACCAAGAAAUUUCCUUGGGGGGACGGAAACCACACCCUGUUCCACAACCCUCACACGAACCCUCUGCCUGAUGGCUACGAGGACUCCCAUCACUGAGAUGAUCAGUCACAUUUCUCAGCUGUGUUUCCCGACAGCAGUGUACUUGGCUUAAUUAUACUGGCCGAUGGGCCAAGCUGCACCGCAUCAACCGGUGCACCCAGACAGGAAUAAAACCACUUUGUGCUCCAUAA